AUGGCAAGUCAUGUCCUGGCAAGCAAUACCCUGCCGAGCACCAAGGUCGUGGCAAGCACCAAGGUCGUCGCGUCGGUGCUCCAUGGACCCAAAGACUUGAGAAAGGAGGAGCGAGACUUGGGCCCGCCAGGCCCCGGAGAGCUCCAGGUAGUCAUCCAUGCGACGGGGCUGUGCGGAUCCGAUCUGCACUACUACAACCACUUCCGCAAUGGCGACAUCUUGGUGCGGGAGCCCCUGACGCUCGGCCACGAGUCGUUCGGCAUCGUUGUCGCCAUGCACCCCGAUCUCGACACCCCGACCGCCAUGUUCCAGCUCGGCGACCGCGUCGCCCUCGAAGUCGGCCAGCCCUGCCAAAAGUGCCGGUGCUGCAAGUCGGGGCGCUAUAACAUCUGCGCCAACAUGGUCUUCCGCAGUUCGGCACGCUCCUUCCCCCACGCCCAGGGCACCCUCCAGCACGCCAUCAACCACCCGGCCAUAUACUGCCACAAACUGCCCCUCCAUGUCUCAUAUAAGCUGGGCGCCCUAGUCGAGCCUUUAUCCGUGGCGCUCCACGCAGUGGAUCGAGCCAAUCUUAGCCCCCGCGAGGCGGUGCUGGUGUUUGGCGCGGGCCCGGUGGGCCUGCUAUGCGCGGCAGUGGCCAAGGCGACGACACUAGCUACUAAGGUAAUCAUGGCGGACAUCCAGGCGGAGCGGGUCAAGUUCGCAAUUGAGAACGGAUUCGCCGACGACGGCAUCGUGGUUCCGGCGGGUGGGCCAGGCGGUCUUGAAGACGUCCAGGUGCGCCUCGCCUUCUCCAAGUAUGUCGCCGACAUUGUCAAGGAAAGCAGCAUCUUUGUUCAAGAUUACGAUGACGAUGAAGACGACGGGCCCAGCGGCAUCACUGCCACCUUUGAGUGUACCGGGGUCGAAUCUUGUAUGCAGGCUGCCAUUAAUGCGACGGAGGCCGGCGGCAGGAUUAUGAUCAUCGGCAUGGGCAACCCGAUUCAAACACUGCCAAUCGGAACAGCGGCGCUGCGUGAGGUUGACUUCAUCGGCGUGUUCCGGUACCGGGAAGGCGUUUACGCGCGGGCCAUUGAGCUGUUGGCAAGCAACAACCCGGACCUGCCGAACCUGGAGCGCAUCGUGACGCACCAAUUCUGCGGGAUGGACAACGUACCCGCCGCCUUCGAGAUGGCGGGCCGCGUUAAGGACGACGAUGGAAGACUCGUGCUCAAGGUAGUUGUUAAGACUUAG